ACACGUGAUCAAACUGAGUUUUGGACGUAUUUGAUCAGGUGAUAAUGUAACUUUGAAACGAGCAUCAGUACUGUACAUUGUGUCGGAUCAGUAGUGAUUUGAAAACUUAAUCGGAGCACUGGUACCAAUCGUCCCAUCAAUAAAUAUACCACAAUCACUGCUGGAUGUUUCGUUGUAACGUGAUUCAAGGCUUGCGUAUUUGGAAGAGCUGCAAAUUCUCAGCUGUGAGCGUUGUGUUGAAAAGGAAGCCGCAAGCAUCAAGACUGUUGUUCACCAUGGUGGACUCUCAGUAUUACCUCCCCAAUGACAUUGGGAUCUCUGCGCUGGACUGUACUGAAGCGUUUCGCCUGCUGUCCCCUAGAGAACAGCUCUAUGCGCACUACCUCUCCAGGUCUGCCUGGUACGGAGGACUGGCUGUGCUGCUGCAGACCUCGCCCGAGUCUGCCUCCAUCUUCGUUCUCUUACAGAGGCUCUUCCGCAAGCAGCCACCGGCACAGCUGGGGAAUGUGGCUACUGCAGCUGGACUCAGUCCUGAGGAGUACCAGGCCUUUCUUGUUUAUGCUGCUGGUCUCUAUGCCAACAUGGGAAACUACAAGUCAUUUGGAGACACCAAGUUCAUUCCCAACCUACCCAAGGAGAACCUGAAGGCCCUUGUGUGGCAGAGCCAGGCCUUCCAGGACAGCCCCAGUGAGAUGGAGGCCCUGUGGGACAGCUGCUCCACCCUCCUCUUCUCCCUUGAGGACAAACAGAAACAGCUGGGCUUGGGGGACAAGGGCAUCACCACAUACUUCUCGGGGAACUGUUGUUUGGAGGACGCCGAGUUGGCUCAGAAAUUCUUGGAUUCAAAGAACCUGAGUGCCUACAACACGCGAUUGUUCAAGGGGAAAUCCGAAGGGAAGACCUGCUAUGAGGUGCGCCUUGCGUCUGCUGUGCAGAAGGACUGUGCAGUGGAUGGGGAGGGGGAGACCAUGUGUGGCACAUAUGACUUUGAGGACCGUGUCUUCACGGUUUCCAGGGGAGACUAUGCUUACCUCAUGAAGAAAGUGAGUGAAAAUCUGGAGAAAGCCAAGGACCACGCGGCCAAUGAGAACCAGAAACGAAUGCUGGAGGAAUAUUCGCGGAGUUUCACCUUUGGGUCCGUGGAGGCGCACAAGGAAGGCUCUCGUUUCUGGAUAAAAGAUAAGGGACCCAUUGUGGAGAGUUAUAUUGGCUUUAUCGAGAGCUACAGGGAUCCCUUUGGUUCCAGGGGAGAGUUUGAAGGUUUUGUUGCCGUGGUGAACAAGGCAAUGAGCGAACGCUUUGCUAAGCUGGUGAGCUCAGCCGAAGUGCUGCUGCCAGAGCUGCCAUGGCCAAAAGACUUUGAGAAGGACCGUUUCCUCCUGCCUGACUUCACCUCCCUGGACGUGUUGACGUUCGCUGGCAGCGGCAUUCCAGCUGGCAUUAACAUUCCCAACUAUGACGAUAUCAGACAGUCGGAGGGCUUUAAGAAUGUCUCCCUGGGUAAUGUUCUGGCUGUGGCCUACGCUACCCAGAAGGACAAGCUCACCUUUCUGGAUGAAGAUGACAAGGAUGUGUACAUUAAGUGGAAGGGGCCCUCCUUCGAGGUGCAGGUUGGUCUCCAUGAGCUGCUGGGCCAUGGCAGUGGAAAGCUCUUUGUCCAGGAUGAGAAGGGAACUUUCAACUUCGAGCAAGAUAAUGUCCGCAAUCCUGAGACUGGAGAAAAGAUCACCACCUGGUACAAAGGCAACGAAACAUGGGACAGCAAAUUCUCCACCAUUUCUUGCUCCUAUGAAGAGUGCAGGGCCGAGUGUGUGGGGCUCUACCUCUGUCUCAACAAACACGUGCUCAGUAUCUUUGGCCAUGAGGGCGAGGAUGCAGAGGAGGUGGUGUACGUCAACUGGCUCAACAUGGUGCGAGCUGGCCUGCUGGGACUAGAGUUCUACACCUCUGAGAGCAAGAGCUGGAGACAGGCCCACAUGCAAGCUCGCUUUGUGAUCCUGCGGGUGCUCCUGGAGGCUGGCGAGGGGCUGGUGACCCUGAAGGAGAGCACAGGAAAGGAUGGGAGCCCAGAUGCCCUCAUAACGCUGGACCGCAGCAAGAUCCACACCGUGGGCAAGGGUGCCAUCGAGAGGUUCCUAUGCAAACUACAGGUCAUCAAGUCCACAGCCGAUGUGGAGGGAGGCAGAGCUCUGUAUGAGGGCUACUCGGCCGUGUCCGACGGUGGUUCUCACAACUUCCUGUGCCUGCGGGAGACGGUUCUCCAGCGCAAAGAGGCUCGCAAGAUGUUUGUUCAGGCCAACACAAGGGUCAAAGGUGACAGCGUGGAGCUAGUGGAAUACGAGGGCAGCGCGGCUGGACUGAUCUGCUCCUUCACGGAACGGUUUGCCGACGACGCCGAGGAGGUGGAGGCCCACCUGCUAGAGCUGAACAAGAGGGAUGCCCCCUGCUGGUUCUGAGUGAAGGGUGCAGAUACACAGUCAGAGCAGCGCUAAGACCAGGACAUGCUGCCGUCAUGCCCACGCCCGCUCCUGACUGAGACACGCCUGGCCCGGCCUGCGUGGACCUGUCAUAGGAAUUGAUCUUUCAAUGCACUGUCAAAAUGAAUUUCACAAAUCAGUCGUGUGUGUGGAAUGCCGCAGGUGGUUAUGGCUGUGAUUUAUGAGCCUGGAGACAUUCUUCACCCUCAGAGGCACAGUAUGAAACUACAUUAAGCUCCUAUCGUUAUGCAGUUCUUCAUUCCCCCCCUGACAAUAUCAGGAAGGAUAGGAACAGUGUAAGCAAUGUCAUGCAAAUUUGACAGCUGUAGGAGCUUGGAGUCAGUUUGAAACAAGGCCAGGGUGUAGAAAAGAAAAUUGACUCAAGGGGACCAUACACGGUUCACCAUCAACUAAUUUGUCAAUCAAAUCUAAACCACUAUAACCUUUUUAUGUCGACACAUUUCAAUUUGCUGUUUGUCUUAGAAAAUGGACAAUUUUUCUUUUGAAAGAAGUCCCUCCAAUAAUACUAAUCAUUGGGUAAGUUCUUAGUCCCUUGUGUCCAUGGCACUUGAAGCACUACUGUGACAUGGUCAAAAGCAAUGCAUUUGUGAAAGGGUAGACGGUACUGCAAAUUCUCUUGGUGAGGUUGGUAAGAAACACCCUGUACAAAAAAAUAAAUUGGAUUUUUUUUUCUUUUAA